AUGUCCGAACGCCCGUCAGGACUGGGCCGGACCCCGACAGCACCGCCUAUCAUGGCGAACGGCCACUUUGCUACGAUCGGUGAUAACAGUGAUGUCACCUCCUACGAGCAUGGAGUGCAAGUCAUUGACGGGGAUAAGGAGUUCAAUCCGAAUUUGUCCAAGUAUCUCUCCCUCGAAGAUGUCACCACCGCCGGAUUCAACUACCACCUCAUUUCGGUGUUUGGCUCGCAGUCAACCGGCAAGUCCACCUUGCUGAACCACUUGUUCGGUACUCAGUUCUCUGUCAUGGCCGAACAAGAGCGUCGGCAAACAACUAAGGGCAUCUGGCUGUCGAAGAACAAGAAGCAAGGCGAUGUUUCGGCCGAGGAGACCCGCAUGGCGGACAAUAUCUUAGUGAUGGAUGUGGAGGGUACCGAUGGUCGCGAACGAGGCGAGGAUCAAGACUUUGAGCGCAAAAGUGCUCUGUUUGCGCUUGCGACAAGUGAGGUGCUUAUUGUGAACAUUUGGGAGCACCAAGUGGGUUUAUAUCAGGGUGCCAACAUGGGUCUGCUCAAGACCGUGUUUGAGGUCAACCUGCAAUUGUUCUUGAAGGACAAGAGCACUACGCAUCGAUCUCUCCUUUUCUUCGUCAUUCGUGAUUUCAUCGGCACUACCCCGCUGAAGAACCUCCAGAAGACCUUGCUCGAGGAUUUGGCUCGCCUGUGGUCAACAAUCUCAAAACCUGCUGGGCUAGAGAAUUCGACAAUCCAUGACUACUUUGACUUCCAGUUCUACGGGCUGCCGCACAAGGGCUAUCAACCCGAACAGUUUGUGACGGAGACACAGAAAUUAAGCCUGCGCUUCCGGGAGGGUCACCGUGAUCCGAAGCGGGAUGCGCUCAAGGGUGAGUUCUCCGAGGGCGGGGUCUUCCUGCCUGAAUACCAUCGACGAAUUCCGGCGGAUGGAUUCUCGCAUUAUGCUGAGGGUAUUUGGGACCAAAUUGUCAACAACAAGGACCUGGACCUGCCCACGCAGCAGGAACUGCUUGCACAGUUCCGUUGUGACGAGAUCUUGAGGGAAGUGAUGAUCGGGUUUGACGAGGCUAUUACUGCAUUUGAGGAUAAGCAGGCCGAGUCUGUCCGCCUGGGCGCUCCGGAAGUGAUUGGUGGCUUGGGUGUGGCCAUGCGUGGUGCCCGCUCGAAGACUCUCAAGGGCUUUGAGACCGAGGCCAGUCGUUAUCACAAGGGAGUCUACCAGCGUAAGAAGGCUGAGCUGGAGGGCAAGGUUGAUACUCGACUGAAGGCUCUUUUCCACGGCCAGAUCUCAGCUGCCCACAAGUCCGGUAUUCGUGAUUUCAGCGAGGCUGUGACCAACGCUGUUAAGUCUGGUCAGAAGAAGGGCGGCAACUACGACUUCGCUGAAAUCGUUAAUCAGGAAACUAAAGCCUCUUUGGAGAAGUUUGAGGAGGUCGCUCGGUCGACGGUGGUGGAAGGUGCCUCUUGGAGCAACUAUAAGCAGGAGCUGGGAUUGUAUGAGAAGGAGUUGGCCGAAGUCAGCGGUCGUCUGCGGCGGGAUGAGAUGAGACGAUUGGCCAGCCGCGUUGAACGGUGGGUUCAGUCUCGUCUUGGCGAGUCAGUGGGACUCGAGUUUAACAACCUCGGUUCUGGACGUGCUGGGGGUGGUGCACCCGAAAAUGGCGACAAGCCCAUUGAGACGGCUUUCUGGGAUCGGAUCUGGAAUGUGUUCGUGGAGACCGUGCUUGAUGCCGAGCGGAGAUUCACGGACCGUGCCAGCAGCUUCGAUGCUAGCCUGGAAGAGGUCGAUGUUGGUCUGUGGCGUCUGCGUCGCAAGUCCUGGGGUGUGCUUCGCGCCAAGAUUGACGAGGAAAUGACCGAAGGUAACUUGCUGCUGAAGCUGCGCGAGAACUUUGAGGACAAGUUCCGAUAUGACGAGGCUGGCGUGCCGCGGAUCUGGCGCCCAACCGAUGACAUUGAGGGCAUCUAUACACGCGCUCGCGAGUCUACCCUGACGCUGAUUCCUCUACUGUCUCGAUUCCGUCUUGCCGAGACUAACGCUCCUCCCCGCUUGAUCGAUGGCACUGCGACUCCCGACGAUGAGGAGGAUUUGGCCCCUAUUGGCGGUGUGGAUGAGGAUGAGGGCAAGAGUCUGGAAGAGGAAAUGACUAUUCUCGGUGAUGCGAAGCGCCAGGAGCUCACUGUGCGCUUCAAAAAGGCUGCCGAUGGAGUUUACGUCGAGGCUAAGCGGAGUGCCAUUGGUGGUAUGACCCAGGUUCCACUAUACUUCUACGGUCUCCUGCUGGCUUUGGGCUGGAAUGAGAUCAUUGCGGUCCUUCGCAACCCAGCUUACUUCUUGCUGCUGUUUGUAUGCGCUGUCGGUGCCUAUGUUACCUACCAGCUCAAUCUGUGGGGACCUAUCCUCAAAAUGACCGAGGCUGCGUCCCAGCAGGCCCUCGUGGAAGGCAAACGUCGCUUGCGCGAGUUCCUCGAGCAAUCCGAUACUGGCCGGCAGGCUAUUGCCAUGUCUGCUUCGGACCGAGCCGGCGCGUCGGGCAGCAAGGAAGAGUAUGAGAUGUCUGAUAUGCCAAAGCGAAGCUCUGGCUCGAAGACUGACGACCUGGAUGACCUGUAA